GUCGUGACGCCAGAUUGCCAUGGAAACUAGAUUACGCUCCCAGUUGAGAGAAAACAGUACGUGGUAGAACUUCAGUUUGUUUCAGCACCACUGUCUUGUUGCAAAGCGAACCUACAGCUUCUCACGAUAAUAGCGAACUGUGUCUUCGCUCGGAGAUCCCAAUUAAACCUGUUGGAUAUCACUUAUUGUUGUUUUUCUCACAAUACUUUGGCUAAGUUCUACCCUUUCAUUCAGCAGUCAGGUAAACCCAAGUUAAUGGAGCUCCAAAUGGAUAGAAGAUUCCACAACUUGACCCUGGAGCAAGUCCAAACUCUGGACCAGGUGUUGACAGAGGUGAUCCCCAUCCACGGCAGAGGGAACUUCCCCACCCUGGAGGUGAGACCCAAGGACAUCAUCCACGUAGUGAAGGACCGGCUGGUGGAGAGGGAGAUCAGGGUCAGGGACAUCCGCCUCAACGGAUCCACCGCCAGCUAUGUGAUGGUCAGGGACAACGGCACGGGCUACAGAGACCUGGACAUCAUCUUUGGAGUGGAGCUGCCCAGACAGGAGGACUUCCAGGUCAUCAAGGAGGUGGUGCUGGGCAGCCUGCGUGACCUCCUUCCCCGCGGGGUCAACAGACGCAAGAUCACCUGCCUCACCAUGAAGGAGGCCUACGUGCAGAAGAUGGUCAAGGUCUUCAAUGAGCACGACCGCUGGAGCCUAAUCUCACUGUCCAAUAACAGGGGUAAGACUGUGGGGCUCAGGUUCGUAAGUUCCCUGCGACGACAGUUUGAAUUCAGUGUGGACUCCUUCCAGAUUAUAUUGGACCGUAUGCUGGAGUCAUACUGGGAGACUGAGAGGAGGCAAGGGGGUCAGUGUGAGGGAUUGGAGUUACACAAUGGCAAUGUGUUACAGCUGGAUAGAGGGGCAGAGAAAACCAUAAUGGAACCCCAGUACCCUUCCACCUCUGAGAAUCUAAAAGAAGAUAAAGACAAUGACUCAAUGAUGACACACUUUGCUGACAGUCCGUGCCACAGUGAAGAGGUUACUGUUCAAGAGGAAGAAUCAUUGCAUCCAAUGGAUGUGCAUGCAACUGGAAAGCAAGAGGAACAGAAAGUGAUAGAGAGAGCAGAGCUAGACCUGGGAUCUCUAGAGGAUGAGGAAGAGGUAGAAGAGGAGGUGGUAACGGUUGAUACAGUAAAAAUACAAUUUGUUCAGAAUACAGAUUACCUCUCAGUUAUAUCCUCCAAAACAUUGACAGACAAGAUGGAACCUCUGGUGCCAAAUGUAUCUGUAAACCCUCAAAGUAACACAGAGGAGUCACUGAUUUCUGAGUCAAAAGACAUCAAUCCAUCCCGCAUGUUGCUCACAGAGAACUCAGCACUGCAAGAGCAAGCUCAACUUCAAGUGAUGCCUCAAUCCACAUCCCAAGACUGCACUGCUGUCACACAAAACUUACACCUUGAACAUUCAUUCCUUCCCCCAGCCAAGAAAACCUGUUACACGUCCAAGGAAAUUGUCCCUGACUUUUGCCCCUCACCUAAACCUCUAAGGAAGAUGUCACGAAAGUUCAGCAGCACUUCAUCACUCCCUGAAAAAUGGUCUUUGUUAAAAGAUUUGUCAGAUCUUACAACACAGCUGUUUGAGCCUAUAGAAAUACUCCCAACAAUACAACCAAAUCCCUCUCUAUUAGACACUGAUCAAGGCCAUUAUUCAACCUCAUCAGGGUCCAGACGGAGGAACUCAGAGAGCACUAAAACACUCACAGAUCACCUUACUCCAGCUGUUUCAUCCCAGGAUAAAAACAUAUCACCCCACACCAUAGAACAAAUAGUCAGGGUGAAAUAUUCAAAAAAGCCUCCUGACUCUGAAGCUACUCAGGAAUCAGUGUCCCUUCAAACCAUAGGGGACAGAGUCCCAGAGUCUGAGCCUGCUGCUGCUCAGGAACCAGGGCCACCAGAGACAACCACGGUCUUUCCAGGGCCAGGGGCAGGGGCAAGCUCGGCCCCAAAGGACAAGGCCAGCAUCACUGUGGUAGCAGAGUGCAUGUACGGGGACUUUGAGCAAGCCAUGGAUCACCUGCGCUUCCGACUCAUUGCCACCCAUAACCCAGAGGAGAUCAGAGGAGGUGGACUUCUGAAGUACAGUGACCUGCUGGUGAGGAACUUCAGGCCAGCCAGUGAGACAGAGAUCAAGUCCCUAGAGCGCUACAUGUGCUCCCGCUUCUUUAUUGACUUUCCUGACCCCAGCGAGCAGCAGUGCAAGAUCGAGGCCUACCUGCGCUGCCACUUUGUUGGCGACGAGGAGACGAGCAAGUAUGACUAUCUGAUGACCCUGCGUCGGGUGAUAGAUGAGAGUACAGUGUGUCUGAUGGGACAUGAGAGGAGGCAGACACUCAAUAUGAUCACUGUCCUGGCUCUGAGGGUGCUGGGGGAACAGAAUGCCAUUCCAAACACUGCCAACGUCACCUGCUUCUACCAGCCUGCGCCGUACAUGGCUGACCCCAUAUUCAGCAGCUACUACAUUCCCCAGGCAGCACAGCCCCCCCUCCUUUACCACCCCUACCCUUUACAUGUCCACAUGCAGACCGGCCUGGUGUAGCCUCAGCAUGUGAGUGGGGGAGAGCAUGCGGGCUGCGUUCUAUAUGGUUCUACUCUGUAACCAGAGGCACAAAAUGGAUUUUAAAAAAGAAAACAGGCUGGCAUGAGCGCAGUUUGUUCAAUGCUUUGAAAAGACGCUGCCUAUGAAGUGAGAGACAGUGGACACAGAAUAGGGAGGAUUGGCGUUAUCUUUGGAUAAAGGCCACCACGUCACUGUUUAAAAAAAAAUUGUGUUUUGAAUGUGAGAGAAUAGCUGAUUACUCACUGAGACCAAACUGUGAGGGAAAAUGUCACAGAGGGAAAAAAACAGUUUACGUGGCUGUUUCAGCUGCAGCAGCAGGGCAGGCAGGCAGAGUUCAAAAGCAUAGAAUCCAUGAUGCAUUGUGGGUAAAUGUUGACUGACUGAUUUACAAAUAAUAAUGAGUAGUUAUUUAAAUUAGUUGUAGAUCAGUCGUCAGUCGCCUGCACUGUCGGCUGCAAUGUCGAACAAAAGCCCUUUGUCUUUGUAACCUUCCUGUGACGGGGAUCCUAUAUUGUCAAUUAAUGAGAAAGUUGUUUAACAUGAAAGAAAUACUGUACGAAGUGUAGACAGAGCGUUUCUUAUAAAAUACUAUAGUGAUGUAGAUGAGGGUCAAGUAUGCUGCAGUGGAUGAAGGUAGAAACGCUUCAAAUUAAAUUAGACAUACCAUAUAGACCAAAAUCACAACACACAAUGUACAAAUUAGACAGUAUCUGAUCAAGCCUGCUGUGCUUUAGAGAAAACCUCAAUAUAUCAUUAGUUGUUGUUCUUCACAAAUGUAAGUGAAUUAACUUUCUUGAAGUGAUCAUACUUGUUUAACAUUGUAUUGUAACAUCACAAAUCUUGAAAUGACAUCAGCUGUGCUUAGGUUUUGGGAAAAUGUGGAGUAGAGUACAUAUUGAUUUGUUAUCUGGGUGUUAACAAUGUCUGAUUGCAUCAUUGGUGAAUGUUUUAGUGUCUAAUGAGUGACUACAGUAAUUUAUCAGGGCGAAAUCAGUGUCAUUAAGAUGAGAUUCCAAAGUGUUUUAAACUAUCACCCCGCAAUUGCUCUUAUGUGGUAGUAUUUACAGAUAAUAGUUAUAAGUUGUGACCAUGUGAUACAGAAUGACACUCACAGCAAAUGUAGAUUCACUCUCAAUUGUUAUUUCUCAGCGUGUGGCAUUUCAUUGUAUAAGAUACACAAGAGGUACUGUAAAAGACCUACAACAUGUAUUUUCAGCACAGGCAUGGCAGUAGGUGAGUUACCCUAACAGGCAAUUGAAUCUGAAGCACAAUAUAAAUGUACGCAACCUUAUUGUUAAUUAGUUAACUAUAGAUGUAGCGGAUGUAUUUGUGAUUCACCAAUUCAGUAUUGAUGAAAGUCUAAAUGUAAAUGUAACUGUGCAGUAAUCUGGUACUUUUCAUAUACCAUAGCUUUGAUUGUAAAUUGUAAUACAGUAAUCUGUUGGGAUUCUUUAGGUGGAAUUAGUUUGUGUCUGAACUUGUUCUGGACCUACUAGAGAAACAUCAUGCAGUUUCAUGAUCUCUGUAUACCCAUUCAUAUUCAAAUAUUUGCUGAAUUUGUAUGGUCAUUUUGAUAAUAAACCUCAUUCACUUAAA